UGCCCUUUGUUGAAACACUUUCUCAAGCAGCGCUUAAUCUCUCUCUCUCUCUCUCUCUCUCUGUCUAUCAAAAAUUGCCUUUUGACUAAAUUUCAUAAACUGGGUCUUAGUGAUUAACAGCUAAAAAUCUACUUUUUAUUUGUAUUUAGAUGUUUUAAGAUAAAAAAGUUGUCAGUUUUAUUGAAAGGAGGAAAGAAAAAGUUGCUUUCUUUGAGAAGAAUUUGGAUGGUUUUAGAAAGAUGGGGUUUGGCCAUCAAUCUGAAAGAGAGAAAAAAUCAUCAAGGAAGAACAAAGAUGAAGAAGAAGAAACUGGAUGUUGGGUUAAAUUAAGAUUUUUGGGAAGUUGCAUGUCUUCAAGAUCAAGAGUUGAUAACUCUAUGAGUGGAACAACAGCUGAAAGUAAAUCGACGACGACGAGAGAGAAAAGCCGAGAUCAACCGGUUGUUCCUGUGUCUUCCACAACCACUAGUAAUGCAGAAACUGCUUCUUCGACACCGAAAUAUAGUGAGGAACUGAAAGUUGCUUCGCAGCUUCGAAAAUUCACAUUUAUUGACCUUAAGUUAGCAACCCGGAAUUUUAGACCCGAGAGUCUUCUCGGUGAGGGUGGGUUUGGUUGUGUCUUCAAAGGUUGGAUUGAGGAGAACGGAACUGCUCCUGUGAAACCCGGUACUGGACUUACUGUUGCUGUCAAAACACUAAACAUUGAGGGACUUCAGGGUCACAAAGAGUGGCUGGCCGAAGUGGAUUUUCUUGGGAACCUCCUUCAUCCCAAUUUGGUUAAAUUGGUUGGUUACUGCAUCGAGGAUGAUCACAGGUUACUGGUAUACGAGUUCAUGCCACGAGGAAGUUUGGAGAACCACCUUUUCCGAAAAGGGUCCUUGCCACUUCCUUGGUCUAUUAGAAUGAAAAUCGCACUUGGGGCUGCAAAGGGUCUCGCCUUUCUUCAUGAAGAAGCCGAAAGACCAGUGAUAUAUAGAGAUUUUAAAACAUCUAAUAUCCUGUUAGAUGCGGAUUACAAUGCCAAGCUCUCUGAUUUUGGACUCGCCAAAGAUGGUCCGGAAGGAGAUAAAACUCAUGUAUCUACUCGAGUUAUGGGAACAUAUGGAUAUGCUGCACCAGAAUAUGUAAUGACUGGACAUUUGACAUCGAAGAGUGACGUAUAUAGCUUUGGGGUAGUUUUACUUGAAAUGUUGACUGGCCGAAGAUCCAUGGACAAAAACCGACCAAAUGGGGAACACAAUCUCGUGGAAUGGGCAAGACCUCAUCUAGGAGACAAGAGAAGGUUCUUUCGAAUUUUAGAUCCUCGUCUUGAAGGCCACUUUUCGAUAAAAGGUGCACAAAAAGCUGCCCAGCUGGCUGCCCAAUGUCUUAACCGUGAUCCCAAAGCCAGACCUCGGAUGAGUGAAGUUGUUGAAAUCCUAAAGCCUCUACCAAACCUUAAAGAUAUGGCUAGCUCAUCUUAUUAUUUCCAAACUAUGCAGUCCAAUCGCAAUAGGUCCAAUGUAAAUGCUAAAAACGGCACCAGAGCACAAGCAGGAUUCGUAGUGAGGAAAGGACAACCUAUGAGGAGCUUAUCUGCUUCAAGCAAUCAUCAGGCUCCUCACCCAUCGCCAAAGCCCAAAGCCAAAGAAUCAUAGGUUUGAGUUUCUCUAUGUUCUUACUUUGAAUUCGGUUCUUAUCCGGUAUCUGCUUCUUCGGACUGUGAUGUCCACUGUUUAAUUAUUACCAGUAGAACCGAAUGAACAAGCCGUACUGAACGUGCAGCAUCACCGCCCCCUGUCUCACUUAUUUCUCUCGUAUUUAGAGGCUGAAAAGCUAUGCUGGUAAUGGAUUAUGGCAUGGUGAUGGGAACUAGGGAGAUGGUAGAUGAAAUAGAAUGGGAAGAAUGAGGCUAAUUUUAUGCAAGUUCCAUUAUCUGUUCUUUGACCCCACAAUUUACCCUACCCCUCUUCAUUGUCUUUUGUCUUUGAUUUGCUGUUGUACAAAUGGAUCUCUUCUUAGUCUUGUUAACAUCUUAACAUAAGAAAAAAUUGUGUACAAUAUUUAUAUGCAUACAGGGUGGUUUUUUUAUUA